AUGAACUACAUCAACUCGUUACUACCCUCUGUAUCACAGACAUUAUCGUACUUGUCUGGACCAGCAGCCAAUGAAAAUACCAACAAGCAUGAUGGGAAUACAGAGGAAGAGCUAGAGGUUAGUGACAGCGACCGGAAAGGACAAGAAGAUGGGCUUCCCUCCUCGAUUCAUGCCUCAACUGCUCGAAAUGAGGAAACUUUGGAAUGCGGAUCCAUGGUCUCAAGCUUGGAAGAACUAGAAUAUGGAAAUGCUGCAUCUGACCAUACGAGAAAGAUCUCAAUUCGAAAAUCUACCCGAAAUGUAGUCGAACUCAUGGAAUACGACAGCGAGGAUGAAGUAGAGGAAACCAUCGUCGCUGAUCACGUCGGUGGAAAAUACGACUCAACUAAGCGCAUCAAACGAACUUUCUUGAAACAGAGCAGAAUACCGAAACAAGAACAACUAAAAUCAACACAUGUUCAAAUGACAGGAACAGUUGUCUCUACUACCUCCAAGUCGAGAUCAGAAGGCAAGAGUUCAAGCCAGACAGACCCUUCUUCUGACGCUACAAUGAACUCUUAUCGAAGCGACAUGAGUGAUGAAAAGUGUAUCCAAGAUCUCUACUCGGACUUCGAGAAAAGAAGUUAUCGGCGUCACAUCAAGAAGGUUGUCAUGAUUUUUCUUUCCGUACUUUGUGUGAUUAUUGUGAUUACGUCGGUCUUUGUAGCCAUUGAAGUGAAGAAACCAGAGAUGGACGAGAACACAUUGCUUUCGAAUUGGGGAAUCGGUAGAUCCGAGGAUCGAGACGGUCAACUUGAGAGUGGUGUCCCGUCCAAGCAACCGUCAGGGUUUGAUGGCACGAGUCCACACAUCGAGCCGAUUGGAGAUGAUGAUUCAGAUAGAGAGACACAGGUUCCAAGUAGGUCUCCAACAGAGUCCUUGACUGAUUCUCCUUCUGGAAGACCAGUCCAAGCAGCAACAAAUUCCCCAACAGGCUUUCCUUCUAUCCAACCAGUUCAAUCUGCCACGGCCUUUCCAUCCACAAAUCCAGUCGAGUCCCAAACAUACUCUCCUUCUAUCCAACAAGUUCAAUCUCCAACGUCCUCUCCAUCCACAAACCCAGUAGAGUCCCAGACAGAGUCUCCUUCCACCCAACUAGUCGUCGAGGAAGAUACACUAACAGCGACCUUCUACGUUAUUGGAGACCUCCCCUACAAUGACAGGGAAAGGACACGCCUGAUCGAACACGUGAACAAUCUUCCCGACGAUGCCGAGUUCUUGGUACAUGUGGGUGAUAUUCGGGAUGCUGAAAGUAAAACUGAUUGCCUCCUUUCCGAGUUUGAUGAUGUGGGAGACAUCUUAAAGAAUUCCAAAGUUCCAGUAUUCAUUGUCCCAGGUGAUAACGAAUACAAUGACUGCCCCAACUUGAGCGAGAGUUGGGGAGAUUGGAAGGGAGUAUUUGGUGCAUUUGAAAACAACUGGAGCUCAUCAGCAAUCCAGCCUACCAGAGAUCCAGAGAGACCCGAAAACUUCUUCUUCAUUCACAAACGAGUUCUCUACAUUGGACUGAAUAUCGUUGGAGGUGAGCCCCAUAGUUAUUCCGAGUGGGAGGGUCGCCUGAGCUAUCAGUUUACCUGGACGAAGAAUCUGAUUGACACUCAUGUGGUUUCAUCUACAAAUGACGCGUCAUCUGUAGUAAUCUUUGCGCAUGGUGACCCUCGUCAGAGCCUUCAUGCAGGUUUCUUUAGUCCACUCGAGUACUACAUUGCGAACGAUCUAAAUAACGAGGUUCCAAUCAUAUACGUCAAUGGUGACAGACAUUAUUUUCAGUUUGAUGAAGAAUGGUAUGGACAGGAAUCCUUCCACCGUAUAAUGGUCGAAGGUGGAUCGAGGGAACCACCUCUUCAGAUGAAACUCGCUGUUCCCAAGAGUGCGGAUCAUGGGGUGCUGCAAGUUGGCGAUGUCUGCACAUUCGACCGGCAGCUUUAG